AUGUCCACACGAAUCAACCGAAUCUUGGGUGUCGGUACUCGGUACUCGGGUGUCGGGUGUCGGGUGUCGGUACUCAACUCGAAACUCGACACUCGAACACACGAAUCACCAAGUACCGAGUACCGAAUCUCGGGUGUCGGGUCUCGGUACUGGGAACUCAGUCACUCGAUCAAUGGACUGGCAGAGGUUACAUUCAUUGAAAACUUCCAUGUCAACCUCCUCAGAAGACUCUUCAACCUUCACCUCAACCUCAACAUCCAUGUCAUCGGAGGAGUUAUAUUCUGGGACAAGGUUGCUUGGAUCACCUGGGUCCACAAUUUCGCUGGACGCAUCUGGAUCCUCUGGAUGAGCAACUUGGUUGUAAUCAAACAGGAGGCCAUCAAUGGCAGAGGCAUCCGGGACUGUUGCGGUUGCGGUUGUGGGAGCAAUGCCUUCCAUUGUGAGAUCAAUGAGAGGUGUUGCAAGGGUUAUCAAUCUUACCAUCCUGCUCUGCCACACGAUCCUCCAGAAGAGCGAUUCAAGUUGUGCCUUGAUGAAUUGCAAUGGCCAUGGAAUGGAGAUCUGUCAUGGGCAUGUCAAGUGCUGCAGCAGGGGACUGCCGGGCCACGUGCUGCAGCCGGACUGCCGAACUCGAGGCCGGAAGAGCUAGAAUGCAAACCUAAGGUCAGAUGA